GUGCGAAUGGAACAUGCCAAAGCAGUAACAGAACUCAAGAAACGUUAUAAGCGAAAUUUGCAUGAUGCCGACGCGACAGAAAGAUUAAAAAAUCACGAGAAUGUUUUGCAAGUGGUGGAUACUACUUUACUGAAGUGCUACCUUCAGGUACUCUUGUUCUGUUUAAAUUCCGCUGCUGAAGUUGGUGACUAUAAAGGACCGCGUUUUUAA